UAUUAUGAAACGGAGGGAGUAUUAAUCUACAACUUUUGUGUUCUUUCUCCCUCUGCGUUGUCUUCUUAAAAACAAAAUAUUAACUUUUCUAUCAGAACUUGCUUUCUCCACAAUUCAAAGCUAAUUACUUUUAUUCAUUUUCCCUCUCUCUCCUUUUGCAAAGAUUUGGUGAAAGAAGAAAAAUAAAACAUAUAAAUCAGAUCUUGUUUUUAGCACAAACCCUUUUAUCUCACUUCCUUGCAUCAUCUACUGAGCUUAAAAUAGCAGCAAAGAUUGAAUUUUUCUAGUGAAGAACCAGAGAAAGUCAGAGACUUUAUAUCUGGGUUCAUCGUUUAAAGAUUAAAUCUUCAGUUUCUUUUUUCUUUCUGCAAUGGGUAUGGCAGCAGCGGAAUCACAGUUUCAUGUAUUAGCCGUUGAUGAUAGUUUAUUCGAUCGGAAACUCAUAGAGAGAUUACUUCAAAAGUCUUCUUGUCAAGUAACAACUGUGGAGUCAGGCUAUAAGGCUUUAGAGUUUCUGGGUUUAAGACAAGGUAUCGAGAGUAACGACCCAACUGCUCUUUCUCCAUCUCCUCAGGAAGUGGAAGUGAAUCUUAUCAUUACAGAUUAUUGUAUGCCAGGCAUGACUGGUUAUGAUUUGCUCAAGAGAGUCAAGGAAUCAUCAGCUUUUAAGAACAUACCAGUAGUGAUCAUGUCCUCUGAGAACGUUCCUGCGAGGAUCAGCAGAUGUUUGGAAGAAGGAGCUGAAGAGUUUUUCCUGAAACCAGUAAGAUUGGCUGAUCUCAACAAGCUGAAACCUCAUAUGAUGAAAACAAAGUUGAAGAACCAGAAGUUUGAAGCGAUUGAAAACCCUUCAAAUGACGAAAAUGGAACCGCGGCAGCAGGUGAACCAGAGAUUAAAGACUCGGUAGAAAUGGGAAUCAAAAUCUUGCCUAUACAGUCAGAACCAGAACCAAAACAAGUGCUUCUGCACGUGGUACAACAAGAGGAGCAAACACCGAGUAACAACAAGAGGAAGUCGAUGGAAGAAGGGCUGUCAACAGAUAGACCACGUCCUAGGUUAGAGGGCAUCGCAACCGCUGUCUGAUUUUGGAGUUCUGUAGAUUGUUGUAGGAAUGCUUCUGCUGAUGGUAAAACACAUGUUUUCACCAGGGAAUGCAGUAAGUAAAUAUAGAUGGAUGAUAAUGUGGCUGAAUGAUAAUGAUGUAUGGGGAUAAUGUUUAUAAAUACAUCAGUAAAUCAUACAUGGUAAAUAACCCAUUUCCCAA